UGCGCACCGCGUUUUCCUCUUCAGUCCACCGUAUGCCGUGGGUCGCGUCUUGUCGCUCGUCGUCUUGCACCGCGUGUCGUUCGCCGCGCGUUCGUUUUAUCGCUAUUCGCCAGCGUUUUCGGCGCGCCCCCCGUCCUCGACGUGGUCUCGUUCGCCGCUCGUUUUCGCACUGUAUUACGGUCGUGAUCAUCCAGACACCCUUGCGCUCACGUUCAUUCAAAGCCGUGCGAUGAAGUGAUCGUCGGUUACGCUGCGCGUUCUCAUCUCGUUCUUCGGUCGUCCAAUCGUAAUCCGCCCGUAGCUCAUCGUGUGAAAAUGCUCGGAGUGUUCAAAAAGCGUUGGAAGCCCAAAAACAGGGGUACAAAAAGUGAAAACAAUGAUGAACUGAUGUUGAGCUGUGGCAAUGAAUACUCGGAACCUAUUAACGCUUACGUACUUCCAGACUCUCGAAUUACCAAAUUAUGUUCGGCCAGGCAAAUGUAUACGGCGUGCGACAACAACACGAACUAUUCAACUACGUACGAGACGAUCAAACCACCAUUGACAUCUCCGGACGCGGCUUCCGUCGUCAGUUACAGCUGCAACAAACCGGAAAUCGUACCGCUACCUAUCGGUGGAGUUUCAGGGAAAAUGACGACCGCCAACGCAGGGAGCACGACCGCUCCUAACAUUUGUAUUGAGGGUGGGCGCAUUGAGUUUGUAAAGUCUCCAAUAGAUUGCGGUGACGAAAAACAAGACUACUUGAAGGAAUAUUUGGAAGCGAAAAUCGUGCAACUAGAAUCCGAGUUGACGGCAGAGCGAAGAAACGUGCAGAGGGAGAGAACACUGAACUCUAAGCUGCAAAAGCAAUUGGCACGGCGUGAGUGGCUGCAGAGGGAUGUGGACAGAGAGAGAAGACUGCGUUUGGACACGGAGGCAAGACUUAAGGGUUCCAGUUCCGAAGCGGACAGAUGCCGUGCCAAACUGUCAGCUCUGCAAAAAGACUUCACCAAAAUGGAAGAAACCGUACGGACAUUGCUUCAAUACAAAUCCAAGUUUGAACAACUAAAACAAGAUCGACAUUCGGUGGCAAACUCCUACGAAAACCAAAUACUGCAGCUGCAGAACGCGAUCACCAAACUCAAAAUCGAAAACGAAACGUUGAAGAAACAGAUCAACACACUCGAGGCCACGGGUAUCAGCCAAGUACAAAAAGCGUUGGUCGAACGGCUUCGGAUAUUGGAGCACGAGAAGAGUCGUAUCGAACGCGAGGGUGAACAGCAACGCAAACAGUACGAGAAGUGUCUGGACGACGUGGCCAAACAGGUGGUCAAAGCGGUCUUGUCGCAAAAGAAUUUACGGGAAGAGAUAUCUUCACUCCAACACCGGGUCAAAGAACUCGAGACCGGAAACUGCACGUUGUCCACGCUUCUGGUGCAGCGUUUGGGUCAGAAAAUAAACUAUUCGCCUACUACGAUGCCAGUGGCUGAGAGUAGAUCGGUAAUGUUCGAUAUUCACCGAUCACCGUCUAUGAAAAUGGCCAUCGAGCGACCGGCAAGUUGCGAUCUAACCAAAGGAUCGAAAAGACUAAAAAAUGACGGUUGGCAGACGGCAGUCUCAUACCACAGACCACAAUCGUUAAAUUUGGAAAUAUGUUGUUCGCACGACGCCGAAGAGUCAACGAAAAGCGAUCGAGUGCUGGGAGACGAGACGCCCGAGAGUGGUAACCGAGACGAAGGGUACUCAACCAUGUCCAGCGACGUACAGGGAACCUGUACCGAACCACCAUCUGCCAAAGGAUUGGAAGACGUGAAGGAGGCCAACGAGAACGAAUCGAACGCUCUCAUAGAAUCUUCGCCAUGUUCCAGGGUGUCGAACAGCAAGGACACGGACGUGAUAUUCAUGCCGCUCAGCCUGUCGUUCAGCUUCAUCAACCCACGACACAGCUACCCGCCACUGCAUUGCUUGUCCUCGGUGCCGGUGCAGCACAUCAUGCGUAGCUACUCGGAUUCACACCUGUUUCUGAAGCUGACCGCGGCCACGGGGGCCACGAGUGCGGCUGGCGGCGGUGGUGGCUGCUGCGGCGAGGAUGAGGACAGGACGUCCUGGUACAGCGGUGGUGAGCUUUGGGAUAUGGACUACGUGCAGCACUGGCUGCGGCUGGACGAGACCCGGACGGCCAUACAGCAGCGGAUGGAGUACGACGCGUCCGAGCUGGAGGACUGGACCAUGGAGGACGCGGGCUCGAGCUGGAAGAGGAUGUCAUCCGCGUCGGCCGCGUCGACAGACGGCAAACAGCAGUCGCUACCGUGCAUCGAGGAGGACGACGUGACCUCGUCAGCGACCGGCUGCGACGAGGAAAUGGGCUCGACCAGAGACAUGGCGUGGAACCAUUAUCGCCACCACCACCAACUCCACCAUCAACACCACCACCUCCAGCACCAUCAACAUAGACCGGACACCUCACAGCACGGUGGUCAAAACCCAUCGCCACAUAACCAACACCACGUCCAGCACCAGCAUCAGCACCACCUGCUCCAGCACCACCACCAACCGUUCCAGCACCAACAGCAGCCGCUGUACGCGUCCGGUUCGCCGGGCGGUGACUCGUGGUCGAGCGUGGACGAGUACGCAGCCGCCGAGACGCCGCCGUCCAAACGGUCGUCGGUAAGCUGCUCGGACAGCAUCGAACUGCUGCCGCCGCCCGGACCGAUUGUUGGAACCGACUUCACGCGCGACUUUUACCGGCUGGUGAAGUUCGAGAGCUCCAAGAGCCUAGCGUCCACGUCCUCGAGGAGCGUGACCGGCGGCGGCUGCGAUCACCGGUGGCCACCGGCGGCCGAGGCGCAACAGGACCGGGAACAGGCAUUGCAGAGCGUGUUGGACUUUAUCGCGGAACAGCAGAAGUACUGUCUGUCCAGGCAGGCCGAGGACAAACGGGAGCCGACCGCGCAACCGGCGUCCCCCACGGCCGCCGGCUACGUUGGCGACGAUGCUGCCGCCAGUGCCGAUGACGUUGCACCGUGCUCACUAUCGCCGCCGUCGCCUUCGCCACCUCCUCCGCCACCGCCGCCUUCGCAACAGCAACCGCAGCAGACGUGCGACUACAGCAACAGUUACAGCGACAACCUGCUCAACUCCAAGGAUAGUGGUCUGUACGGAAGCGACGUGGAGAUCGAGUGCUUGCCGGAGGACGGUUAUGCGGAUCGCGCGCGUUCUCCGGCCACGCACACGGCCACGUCCACGCCCCGGUCCACUCUGCUACGGACCGUGCCGGAGGAGGACGAACGCUGGUCGGCCAAAUCCACGUCACCGCAGCCGCCGUCGUCGUCGUCGUCCCUCUCGCCGGGUGCUGGUUGCGGUUCGAGUAGUGUCUGCACGGCCGACACCGCGGUCAUGGUCACCUGGACGGCCACGUCGUCCAGGGACCUGAUCGACCAGCUAAACCGCAUGGCCAGCGAUCCCGUCGCGACCGACGACCCGUACGGUGACGACAACAGUGGUGUCCACGGUGACAGCGUAUCCUCAGCCGUGGUCCCGCCGCACCAUUCGUUGUCCGCUUCAUCGUCAUCUUCCGCCCUCCAAACCGACCUGGACGAUGCUUGUUGCUGUCCCACCGGUUGGGUGCACGUCGAACGCGACAUCGACUUUGCCGAUCCAAAGGAGAGAGCCAACCUGUUGGACGUGAUGUUGGCGUCCAGCAGGAGUUCGUCGAGCAGCACGGCUGCGUCGGCGGGCGACGAUGACACCAGCAGUUGCAGCAGCGGCAGCAGUGGCGCCAGUGGCGUGGGCUGCGGCCGCGGCAGCGACAGCGUCGGGGCCGGCAUGGAUGACAUGACCGACGACAGUAGCGACGACGAGCGCGGACAGUUGGCCGAGGGCAGACGGACUUCCGCGGCCGCUGAGGCCAUUGCGGGAGUUGGACCGGACGCGACCAAUCAAGAGUCGUACAACCGUCUGCACAGGUUGCACCGGGUGCGCAGACAGAAAAAAGCGUCCGCAGUCCGAGACGGUUUCGGCGUGCUCCGGUGCCCGACCACGGGUCUGCGUCAGUCGAUCGUGGGCCGCAGCGACUUCUUCGUACGGUUUGGCGACAAGGAGCGUGAGGCCAUCUCCAACUUCGACUUCCUGGACGAGCUUUCCACCACGUCACUGAGCACCGACUCUGGUGACCACACGCCUUCGCCGUCGUCCACCGCGGUGACAGCACCGACCACCAACCGCGGAAAAUAUUACUCAUACACGUGUUCCUCGUCGGCCACCACCGCGGCCGCGGCAACGGUAGCGCCCGGCCGCCGGCCACCGCCGUGCUCGCUGCUGCCGUCCGACGGUCGCCGACAACGCCGCCGCCGUUAUUCCGGCCUGUCGCUGAGCGAUUCGUGCGGCGAUUCGGACUGAACUUGCGUCGCCCGAUCUGCGUCACUACCCAUAAUGCAGUGAUACGAUGUUCUUGUCACGAUCUUCACGUCCGUCACGAGAUAUUCUUCCUCGGCGCUACACACGUUUAUAAAUUUUCGACAUUACAAUAUUAUUAUUAUUAUGUUAUUACCUAUUCUUAUUAUUAUUAUUAUUAUUAUUAUUAUUACUAUUAUUGUAUUUAUUGUUGUAUGAUGAAAUAGUCGGUGCAAGUAUAUGAAGGUAAAGUCGUGUACGAAUCAUUGAAACUCUGUACCAAAAAUCGAAAUAGAAUCGAAAAGCUUCUUCGUCAUUGAACAACUGAGAUAAAGAAAUUAACAGUCAAAAAAUUUACCAUGCGAAAACUGGAAAAAUACAAUGCAAAAAGGGAAAACCGUUCCAGAAGACGUUAUAUUUUAUCAUGUGAUCGGGAUGGUUUUUUUUUUUUACUAACUUCGGACAAAUACGUGUCAAGAUAUUUCCAACGGGUUUCUCUAGCCACUUGUAUCAUUAUUUCAGUUUCGCUGCGACACCACGGUAGUCGUUACAUUUUUUUUCGAAAAAUGAUUUCGAAUUUCAAUCAUAAAAAUGCGGGUUUUGGUAUCCAAAAUCCAAAUUCUCGGAUUUACGGAUUUAAACGACCGAAUUUUGAGUUCAAUAUCGCAGAUUCCUGCGUUCUAAUAAAUAUAAAUUUGAAAUUAAAUCCUGAUUUCGAAUUUCAAGAAUUCGGAUUUUCGAACUCCGAUAAAUCCGAAAUGUUUUCAUCAUUAAUUGGUACACUCGUGCGGCAGGAUGAAAAUAUGUAAACGUCCGUCGACCGAGCGCAUAAUACGCCUACUGCUAUUGCAAAGGGAUUAUUUAGUGGCCGUAACGCUAUACAUAUUUUUAUAUGAAUGUAUGUACCGUACUACCGUUAUCGUAAAACGAAAUUCGGUCGGGGGUAGAAGACUAAGGGUUGAUAUCGGGUUUAAUUCAUAUCCGUUUGAGACGAAUAUGGUGGAGCUGUAAUGUAAAUAAUCGUUGCGAUAUUCAGGUACGAGGUGUAUCUGAAAAUCGUGAGUAUUAACUGAACAAGUGCAUAUUAAUAUUUAUGUAUACAUAUACAAAUGUGUGCACGGAAAAAUUUGUACUACCAUCUUGCACGUAUCCGAGUGCUUAUUAUAAUUAUAAUAUAAUUGUGUGUUUAUAAUAAUUAUAUUAUAUUGUCAGAGGCGAGCCGGUAAAAUAAUAUGUAUAUUAUUAUUAAAUCAUAGUGCCGUAUAAUUGUUUCUAGACACCACUUACGUGUACCUUUGAGAGUGGAAAAUACUGAUAAGACAUUCGGUUUUUUUUCCCUCCGUUCAGAAGUGUACGUCUAUAAGUGCAUUAUUAUGAUAUAAACGCAAAAAUAUUAUUAUAAUUAUUUUUAUUAUUAUUAUAAUUUAUAGUAUUCGUAUUAUUAUCGUAUCGAUGAUGUAUGUACGUAUGAGUGUGCAUGUAUAUACUUAUUAUACAAUA